AUGGCAGCCUCCUCAACCGCCGCUAUCCUCGCCGCCGCCGUAGUAGCAGUCAUCUCACUACUGCUCGCCUCCACGUCAUCAGCCUCCAGCAGAUCCUUCUCCGCCGCCGCCGACGGCGCAGCCACCAACACGGAGUUCAUCCGCACGUCCUGCAGCGCCACCGCGUACCCUCAGCUCUGCUACAGCUCCCUCGCCGUCCACGCCACCAAAAUCCAGACCAGCGCCAAGCUCCUCGCCACCGCCGCCCUCGACGUCAGCCUGGCGUCGGCGAGGUCCACCUCCGCCGCCAUGGCCAGGCUCCAGCAGUCCCAAGGCCUCAGCCCCAGGGAGACGGCGGCGAUGCGCGACUGCUUGGAGGAGCUCGGGGACUCCGUCGACCUGAUCCGCCAGUCCAUCGACGAGAUGAAGCCCAUAAACAAAGCCCAACCCAAUGGCAGCUUCAGCGCGCACUUCGAGAUGAUGAUAAGCGACGUGCAGACGUGGGUCAGCGCCGCGCUGACGGAGGAGAGCACGUGCAACGACGGGUUCGUCGGGAAAAGCAUGGCCGCCGGAGAGAUGAAGACGGUGGUGAGAGGGGAAAUUGAGACGAUUGCUCAUCUCACCAGCAACGCCUUGGCUCUCAUCAACGCCUAUGCUACUCACCAUCUGUAA